UCCGUUCCCGCCAGUCUCUGCUCGAACGCGGCACGGACCGUGUUGAUCCGUUGCGAUGUGAACGCCUAAACCUCACCUCUGUCUACCACGACAGCCUCUGUUGCAUGUGCAUCGACCAUAAGUUUAUUUUUCUUUAAACCAUUUGAUUUUCUACAACAGUAACUUUCUGUUCCGUGGAAUAUAAAUCUGGGAAACUGUUCUGUGGCGACAUUGAUGGAGUUCCGCUUGGACAGCGCGGAGUACUGCCAGGCCCAACACAAAUAAAUUCGCGGGCGUCUGUGGAGGCGACAUCCAUGCUGCCGGGAGCGCGGCGCGACACGCACCCCGAGCACCGAGCGAUAUACACCCACCCAUUUUUACCUUAAAAUCGGAUCCUACUGUUAAUUGGAGCAUAUCAUUUGCCGAGGUUGCAACUGGAACCGACUUAUGUUUUAUCGCAUAAUCUCUUAUUAGUUUCGCUUCCCAAUUCGUAAUCAUCGUCCGUUAGUCUCCGAAUGUGCUCAAGUGGUUGAAAGCGAUAUCCAUGCGGGUGGUUCUAAUUAUAUAAUUGGACCCUUUUUAAACAGAAGCCACGAAACUGGAGUGUGUUGUGUGGAAAUAGAGUGACAGUUUGUCUGUUUUGACUCUGACGGAUUGCUGCAAGUUUCCGACGCGUGUGAGACGAAUCUGCCACCCGGUUCGCGAGCGGUGUAUCGAGUUUGAGUGCGGGAAUCGUAAAACGGUCACCAUGAAGCAGAAGGACAUCCGGCCGGCGCCCUCGCUCAUCGAGUACAAGAACAUGCGCUUCCUCAUCACCGACAGACCUUCGGAUGUCACCAUCCAGGGCUACUUACAGGAGCUGCGCAAGCACAACGUGUGCACGGUGGUGCGCGUGUGCGAGCCGAGCUACGACACGGCGCCGCUCAAGGCCGAGGGCAUCGAGGUGCGCGACCUGGCCUACGACGACGGCACCUUCCCGCCCGCCAACGUCGUCGACGAUUGGUUCGAGAUACUGCGGGACAAAGCGGCCAACAAGCCCGAGUCGGCGGUGGCGGUGCACUGCGUGGCGGGGCUGGGCCGCGCGCCCGUCAUGGUGGCCAUUGCGCUCAUCGAGCUCGGCAUGAAGUAUGAGGAAGCCGUCGAGACCAUCCGAGACCAGCGGCGCGGCGCCAUCAACGCCAAGCAGCUGUCGUACCUGGAGAAGUACCGGCCCAAGUCGCGCCUCAAGAAGAACGGACACAAGAACUCUUGCUGCGUGCAGUAGCGUCACAGCGAACCUAGCUCUGCUUUCACACACACACUACACGAGCAUAGACAACUAACGACUAGAUGUAACUUACCCGUCGAGCCUUUUUUGACAACUACCCUCCUUCUUUUCUCGUAGGGAUUUUAACCGAAUUCUUUUUUUCCACCCGAGCUUGGACAUUCCCGACGCGAGCCGAAGAAUUUGGUUACGAUCUCGGCGCAGUUUUUUUGACGUAAUCGAGUUUUCCGAGACGUUUAAUUACAGCCUUAUGUAAGCUAAAUAAUGUUUGUAUGUUUCGAAGUGAAGGUGUAUAACCCUCGUAAUAGUGGAAUAUGUAAUAGUCGCAAGCCACGAUUUGUGUUCAUAGUUGAAACUUGAAACGGUUACUUGGGUAUUUACAUACUUGAUUGAUUUCAUAAUAACUUCAAUAAUAAAUCCAGUCAGAGUCGUGCUUAUACUCUUAUACUCGUAGAAUUCUUACGAUACUUUUUUUUUUAAUGUGUGUUGAAAUCAUAUGUUUUCCUGAAUAUUAUUUUCUUUCAUAGAGACUUAAUUAUUAUUAUAUCUAUAAGAAAAUGAGACCUAAUAGAAGCAAUUUGAUGUUUUUUUUUUUGUGUUUUUGAGAUGAUUCUGCUAUAUGCUCUGACAAAAAUAACUUUAUGUUAAAUUCUUAUUUUAUUUAAUUAUAUCAAUUUAAGUUUUCUAGACACGGUCUGCAAACUAUUUCACAAAUAUUUUACCUUUGACAUAUUAAUGUACGAUGAAAUUCUAAUAAAAUUGUAUCCCAACACAAAAUGAUAAACUUGACUCACAGAAUGUUCCAAUAAAAUAGCUCUUUGAUAUUAUUUUUCUAUUUCUAAUUUUAUGAAGAUAAUCAAAAUAUAUGAUUGUGUAACCACGGAACAGUCACAUUCAUAAAUAAAAAUAUUUAUAAGCAAACUCA